AUGUCGUCAGUCCCAAUGUCAGAGGACAACCCCUUCCAGUCUUUGAUUGUGGAGGCAAAUCACGAUCCGGCAAUAAUACAAUCUCGAUACGAAAACCACCGAACAACUCGUAAUAGCCAGCAAAGUGCACUGAUCCUAGCCGACAGCUUUCCUGGCUGGUCCCUUGACCAGAUUCUGAAGCGGCUUGAUGGUCCCGAAAAGGAAGACGGAUUUGUCGAUCCUCGAAACUGUCUUGUCAUCUGGGCCAGACCCUCGCCUCAAGUUCGCGACCUGAUAUCCUUUAUUCAAAAUGAGUUGAAACCCAUUUUCCCCUCACUCUGGCUCAUGCCACCUGAAAACCUUCACAUCACUGUCUUGGAAGCCGCUCAUUCUCUAACGGAAGAGCAAAUCGAAGACCUUGUUCAGACACUCCUCUCAUCCAAAGACGUCACGCCUGCAGAUAUUGCAGCGUACCCACGCAGCCAUGCUACACGUCUCAUCAAGCCUAUGGUAAGCUUUGAUUCGGCCGCACUGGCGCUCAGCUUUGUUCCGGCUGCUGGCGAGUGCCUAGGAGCGGAGCCUAGCAGCAAUAACGAGCAAUACACAUAUCAUCACCUCCGUCAAGAUGUCUUUGACAUGGUCCGACAGGCCAAAGUCCCUGUGGCUUCGCGUUAUAUUUUUCCCUCGGCACAUCUCACUAUCGCAAGGUUCAUCUCCCAUGACGGCUUUACGUUCAAGGGAUCAGAUGGCACAGAGACAGUUGAUCAUUUGCGCGUCAAGCUGUUGAUCGAUAAAAUUGGUGAGAUUAAUCAGAGAUUGGAAAAUGAGUAUUGGCCUAAGAAAGGUGCCAUCAGGGAAGGAGGUGAAUGGACUGUUGGGCAAGAGGGCCUAAUCAUUCGGAGAGGGCGUGUCUGGUAUGGAGACGGCGAGAAGCUGCCGGUACUCUAG